CACCGCGUUGCUAAGACAUUUUGUGGCUUCUUGGGCGCGAAGGCUGCGGCGGAGGCUGAGAACAACAAUGACAACAAUAUAUGCUUCAGGUGGAGGAAGUCUAGUAAUAAAUGUCAGACGGUCAGAAUCUCAAGAUGCACAGCAGAUUAUGAAACUGUUCACCCUCAGUACAACAGCCAUGUUUGGAAGAAUUAAUAUCAUCUAUCUACUCGAAAUGGCAAAUCUUUCUUUGACAGUGGAAAAUGAGAAGAAAGAGGUUUUAGCUCAUGCUGCUUUUUUUGAUUACCCAAACAUUGAGGCUGUUGAAAAAGACAACUGGGAACCCUGGCUACAUACAUAUGGUCCCAGUUCAAAAUGCACACCUUUGAACACCCUUUUUUUACAUUUGCUUGUGGCAAAAUCAGGAGUUGCAAGUGGUUGUGCCAAAGAGAUUGUCAGGACUAUCUUCAAUGCCCUCCGAGAACUGCACUAUAUAAUCCUUGCUGUGCCAAAGAAAGUCGCCUUAGAUCCUGCCGUGUCUGUCUUGUUUGCACCUAUGCCACAAUUUAAGAAGGUGGAUGGUGUACACUAUUCAGCUUUCAUCUGCUACAGAAAGGACUAUGUUCCAGUACUACAUAUUCGAAAGGCCAGGAUAGAGGAUCAUGAUGAUGUCACACCUAUCUUCAAUGAGCAGACUGACACACUGAGAUACAUUUAUGGUGAAUACUUCCUGGCAGAACUAAUAGAAGCUCAAGAUGAAACGACCCGAGCUGCUGUCUGUGAGGUAAAUAACAGUGCAGUGGGCUUCAUUAGUGUGAGCAGUGAAGUGAAUGUCAAGUUACUGAAUGAAUGCUUUGAUUUACGUCCAUUUCAUGGUCUUCGUAAAACUCCUGAAGAGGAAGCAUCUUCAAAAAUAACAAUAACACCUUCAGAAACUGAAAACGAAAGCGCUUCAACUGGAGCUUCUGAAGAUAAUACAGAUGAAAAGGGAGAAGUGUCAGACAGUGUUGAAAAUGCCAAAUUGCCAGAUGGUGAUGUUGAAGACCGAACAACCAAAGAAGCAGAGAGCAGCAGAGAGAUCGCUUCCAGUCCAAAUGACAGCCAUUCUUCAAAUGCUUUUUGUAUUCAGUUGUUCUGCAUUGAUGAGGCAUAUGAAACAAGGUCUCAGGAUUUUUUGCCCUACAUUUUUAAUCUUUUUCCGGACAAAGACUACUGUGUCAUCACAGUACCUCAUCUCAUCCCAGAGUUUCCUUUGCUGAAGGAUUUUGUCCGUGUUGUACCCUACAGCAAGACUACAUUGUCUCAUGAGUUAUAUGUCACUCAUCGCAAAGGCUUGUUAAAAUCCUUCAUGGUACGACUUGCGACACAGAAUGACACUGCAGGAAUUCAAAGACUUGUAAAAAACCUUAAUCUGGAGUUCAAUAUUUUAAGUAUCUUACAUAUUUAUAACCAAUCUCGCAGAGACCCGGAUGGAACUCCAAUUCAGGCAAUUGUUGCUGAGGUUCUUCGAGAAAUUGUAGGAAUUGCUAUCAUCAGAAAUGAAGAGCAAAUUGAAUAUAUCCGAUCGCAUUAUAACAUCGAAAAUUUUAUCUACUUCGACCAUCACCAACGUGAAGAACAUGGGCACCUCUAUCACUUUGCUUUGAACCCAAUUUUCCAUCAUUAUACCAGACAUUUUCUCAAAGAAAUACUUCGGAUUACUUUUAAGACUUGCCUGUACUACCCUGUUUACCCAAGAUUAUUACUUAAAAAGGUAAUCAGUCCAUAUGCUCAUUCCCUCACAUCUGCCCUUAAUUAUCUAGUUCCCGUGCGCCGGAGACGGCAGGUUGUCUAUCCAUUGGACCAACUUGACAUUAAUGCUCCAUCAAAGCGAAUCACCCAGAAAAAGCCUAAGUACGCUUUAAACCAUAUAAACCGAAAGUUGACCCUGGAGCCAAAGGUGACCGUCAAUUCACGAAUUGUCGUGGUUGGUGCUUCAGAUGUUGGGAUCUCCUUUCUUGAAACGUUGGUCUUCUGUCCACACUUACGCUUUCAUAACCUGACCUUGAUUUCAACGUCUGGACUUUCUGGAAGUUACUCAACUUCUAUAUACAAAAAGUUCAAGCCUGCAAGUUACAACUAUAAUCAUGACGAUCACGCACAGAUAUUAUUGCAGACUUGGGUUAAUGUGGUGACUGGCAAGAUGAUUGGUAUAAACAGAGCUUCAAAAUAUGUACUAGUAACAGGAGACACAAAGGUGCCGUAUGACCAUCUAAUCCUGUGUACUGGACUACAGUAUCAGGUUCCUUGUCCCACAGGAGUGGAUAUCAAAGACAUGCUGUCAAAUAAGGAUGUGGCUAUUGAUCCUGACCAGCAAUUUACUGGAAGAGUACCCUCCAAUCUUUUUGUUCUUAAUAGUCGUGAUGACUGUGAAAAUGCACUGCAUUGGCUCAAAAAGCAUGAAGGAAAUAUUAAAGGAAAUAUCAUUGUAUAUGGGAGCACAAUGGACGCUUACAUCACAGUGAAUACCAUCCUGUCUUUUCGAAUCGAUGGCUCUUUCGUACAUCUGGUGAAAACUCCUUCGAAUUCAGGCAGCAGUUGUUUUAACAGUCCCGCGAUAGAAAGUGCAGUAGAGGAAGCACUCAAGAAAGCUAACGUUUCUGUGUAUUCUAACUGUCUGCUUGCUCAGUAUAAUAAUGGAAUGCUCCAUCAACGUAUAACCCUUGCAACUUUCACCACUGAUUCUCAACCAUUGAGUCUGACAUGUGUAGCUUUCUUUAACUAUGACAAGAAGAAGGUGGAUGUUGAUGCUUUCAGAGCCAUCAAUAAGGCAUGCCUUGUCUUUGAUGGAAAAUUGGUAAUUGACUCUACCUUCCAUACCAAUGACAUAACAAUUAGAGCUGCUGGAUCAUUAACUAAAUAUUCCCGUCGUUAUUUUGCUGACCAAUGGUCUCAUGAAAAUUUUAAUUCAAAAGAAAUUGGAUUUCAGCUGGCUGCACUCAUGCUGCAUCUGUUUGACCCAACUCUGGAGCAAGUGACUAAACCACCAGCGGAAUUAGAUAAACUUCUCCCUACUUAUACUGGAUGUAAAGCCAUAGGAGGCAUUCUACCUGGAGGAUACCAUUACCUACAUAUUUCUAAGCCAGGGAUCAUAACCUGUGUAGAUUCACAAAAGUCACGACCUGAAUAUGGUCGUGAACUAAUCACAGGAAGCAUCGAUAAAGGGAACUACUUUGAAAUUCACUUGAACCAAUACAGCAUGGUAGAAUCCAUCACUUGUCUGUCACUGAAAUCUUUCCCGGUCUCCAACUAUAUCUGCUUAUAUGGACAGCAUGAGCGUCUCCUUAACAAUUUGUGUUCUCGCUUUGACGAAGGCCUCAUCUCAGAUUUUUACAGCUAUCUAAGGGAGCCUUGGUGCUUGUGUAUAUAUCAUGAUCGUUUCAUGGACUUCAAACAAGAAGUGCGGCAGUUAAUAGAAUCCAACAAGGUAAAUGUCGACGAGCCUAUUGAGGAGCUGAUCCGUCAGAUAGCGGAUGGAGAGUUGCUGGUGCCGGGAAAUACGAAGGCAUAUUUGGAGGAGCAGUUUGCGAAAAACGGUUACCAGAAGUUGGUCGAAAAAACCCUCCUAAGUUACCUGAGCUACAAUCGUUACCACCUCCCAAUGUUUGCAAGGCCUGGUAUUGUUUAAAUAUCGACAGUGGUAGUGGUGGGGGGAGGGGUGGUGAGGGGGUGAUAUUGCACUCAAAUUAUAUUGUCUUAAUGUCUAUUCAAUCCAGAAAACUUUGCUGAUGUUUAAUAGUGUCCAAUUUACUGCAGUCACGCUGUUGAUGCACUUAGCCAGAAGAUGGCGCACUAUAACAGGCUGACGGAGGGGAAGUGAAAGUUCUCUCUGACAAGGUUUCGUUUCCUUUUAAAAUGUUUUACUCGAGUGUAGCUUUUCUAAAACGUGUACAAUAAAUAAAGCGGUGUUCAUUUCUUCGAA